CUCUCUCUCUCUAACUCUCUCUCUUCACCUCAUCUGCUCAUCCUGUUGGUAAAAACAGAAUCAAUCAAAUCUUGGAAAGUGAAAAUCGCCUCUUUGUCUCGGCCCCUCUCUGCUCUCUAUUGGAUAAAGGGAUCGGGAGCCCACCACCACCACCUCCUCCUCCACUCCUCUUUCGUUCCUGGAAAGCUCCACUCUCCUCCCUCACUUUCUUCCUCUUCUCUUUUCUCUUUUUUUAUCCUUUUUUUUCUUCGGGGGCUGUUGCGAGUUUGUGGACUUUUUCUUUUCUUCAGCAUCACGUUUUCUUCCACUUUUUAUGAGUGAGGGUCGGCGGUGAGGACACAUCGAGAGGAAGAGGGGCGAGCGAGAAGAGCGACUUUGACCAGGUGUGCCAGCCAAACAGCUGAAAAUACAGCAUGUCUACCCCAGUCUCUCCAUCUCCCUCUCUCUCUCCGCUGGCCCUGUCCUCCCCAUCUCCCUCCUCCUCUCCUCUUCCCUCGCCCCUCUCUCCUCCACCCAGGCUGCCAGUCUUCCAGAGGAAAGGAGCCCUAAAGCACAAGAGGAUUGUAGAAGUGAAGGACCAUCAGUUCACAGCUCGAUUCUUCAAACAGCCCACCUUCUGCAGCCACUGCACCGACUUCAUAUGGGGUAUAGGAAAGCAGGGAUUUCAAUGCCAAGUUUGCAGUUUUGUGGUGCACAAACGCUGUCACGAGUUUGUGACUUUCACAUGUCCUGGAGCCAUCACUGGACCUAAAGCAGAGGACCUGAAGAGUAAACACAAGUUUAAGAUACACACCUACUCCAGCCCGACCUUCUGUGACCACUGUGGCUCUCUGCUGUACGGCCUCAUUCACCAGGGCAUGAAAUGCACCAGUUGUGACAUGAACGUUCAUAAGCGAUGUGAGAACAGCGUACCCAGCCUGUGCGGACACGACCACACUGAGAAAAGAGGGCGGAUUCAACUGAGUGUGCGAGGAGAGAAGGAGGAUAUAUAUGUCACAGUGUUUGAGGCGCGUAACCUGAUCCCAAUGGACCCCAACGGCCUGUCCGACCCCUAUGUGAAGCUCAAGCUCAUCCCGGACCCGAAGAGCCACAGCAAACAGAAAACCAAAACCAUUCGCUCCACUCUGAACCCCGUGUGGAACGAGAGCUUCACUUUUUCAGUGCGUGGCAGGCAGUGGGACAGGCGUUUGUCCAUAGAAGUGUGGGACUGGGACCGGACAUCUCGGAAUGACUUCAUGGGCGCUCUGUCAUUCGGAGUGAGUGAGAUUUUUCGUCGACCCGUCAGCGGCUGGUUCAAACUGCUCAACCAGGACGAGGGAGAGUACUACAAUAUACCUGUACCCGACCCAGACCUGCAGGAGCCAGACUCCGCUGUGUCUCCCUCUCUUCCUCCUGUUCCUGCUACCGUGGCAACACCUGUGCCUGACGUGAGCCCACCCGUGCUGAGCCCUGCACCCACCAGCGCACCAGCAGGGAAAAGCCGAGUCGGACUGCAUGACUUCAACUUCCUUAUGGUGCUGGGAAAGGGCAGCUUUGGCAAGGUGAUGCUGGCAGAGGAGAGAGGGAGCGAGCGGCUGUUUGCGGUGAAGGUGCUGAAGAAGGACGUCCUGUUUCAGGAUGAGGACACAGAAAGUGCGAUGGUGGAGAGAAGAGUGUUGGGGCUAAGCGGCCGCCCACACUUCCUCACCUCACUCUACUGCGCCUUCCAGACCGAGGAUCGGCUAUACUACGUGAUGGAAUAUGUGAAUGGUGGGGAUCUGAUGUUUCAUAUUCAGAUUGUUGGAAAAUUCAAAGAGCCACAUGCAGCGUUCUAUGCAGCAGAGAUAGCAGUGGGGCUCUUCUUCCUGCACAGCAAAGGCAUCAUCUACAGAGAUCUGAAGCUGGAUAACGUGCUGUUGGACAGUGAGGGCCAUAUAAAGAUAGCUGACUUUGGGAUGUGUAGAGAAGGCAUGCUGGAGGGAGACACGACACGGACGUUCUGCGGCACUCCUGACUACAUCGCUCCUGAGAUUGUAGCGUAUCAGCCGUACGGUAAAGCCGUAGACUGGUGGUCAUAUGGGGUUCUGCUCUAUGAGAUGCUGGCUGGCCAGCCUCCAUUUGAUGGGAUCGAUGAGGAGGAGCUGUUCCAGUCCAUCAUGGAGCAAAGCGUCUCUUAUCCCAAGAGUCUGUCCCGGGAGGCUGUCGCCAUUUGCAAGGGGCUCCUGACCAAGAACCCGGGCAAGCGCUUGGGAGGAGGAGAGGAUGCGGAGAGAGAGAUCCGGGAGCAUCCUUUUUUCCGCUGGAUCGACUGGGACAGGCUGGAGAGACUGGAGAUUCAGCCACCCUUCAAACCCAGAGCUGGAGGAAAAAAAGGAGAAAAUUUUGACAAGUUCUUCACGUCUGCUUCCUCCGCCCUCACACCUUCCGACCCGGAUGUACUUGCAGCCAUCGAUCAGGACGAUUUCCAGGGCUUUACCUUCAUUAACCCUGAUUUCCCUGCCACCCCUCUCACCGCUGUCUGAGAUCAUCAGCUUAACACUACCUACAACCUUAACACACACUAUAACACACAUUAAUCUGGAAUUAGUUGUUUUCCAAUGAACUGAUAUUAAUUAAAGUAGAUAACCCACAAACACUCUGCUGUACAGUAAAAUCACCAGUGUUAGCUGCUAGCAGUCGAGAGAAUCAAGUAUUUUCCAGAAAAAUAUGAACAGUAUACUCCUUAGGGUAUAGAAUAUAAUGCAUUUAUAAACAUUAUAUCUAAGCAUAUCUGAAUUUCAUUCCAAGAAAACUUUGAAAUGCAGAGUAUCAGAGCAAUUCACGCUACUGUAGCAGAAAAGGUCAACUGUGUGCAACAAAAACAGCACAACACAGUGUAGGCCAGUAUAGGUGGUGAUAUAAUCUAUAAUCGUUUUGCAUGUAACAAGUCAUCUUAUGUUAGAUAUUGUAUGCAUGUAUUCUAUUACAGUGAUUCCAUCACAUACAAUGCACAUGCAAAUAUAUUUUUGCCUCAGCAAAAAGGGAUUAAAGUUGUUUGAAGCACAAUUUUCCUUAAAUAUCUUUCCUUAAAUACGAUAUAUAAAAAAUGGUAUUAAUUAGUGCAUGAUGCCAUUCUUGUGUACAGUGGUCAGAAAGCCACUGGAGUUACUUCUAUAAGGUGCUGCGGUUCAGAUCAAUAGCUAAUGUUAUAAUUUUCAAUUUUAGUAGCAGCUGCUCAUGUUGUGUUGCAGUACCAAUGCUGAGUAGGCCUCUUUCUUUCCCUGGACAUUAGCACGUACAUCUCUCACUUUACUCUGUAUCAAUUUUAAUGUAACACAUAACUGAUAGCAUUUAUUAAGUGAUUUACUAUUAUAUGUAAUUAUAAAACAUGUAUAGGAAUGAUACACCUGAUUGUUAGAUAAGUUGUAAAUGAUAUAU